UGAAUAAGCGUGUAUGUGAAGUCGAUUUACUAUGUUCGACUUUACCUCGGUAUUAAUAAAGGACUAGCCAGUAGCCGGUUAGUGACAGAACAUUGUCCAUGAUUGAACCGAUACAUAACACAGGCCUUGGUUUCCGCUAUCCUAUUCCUGAGCUGUGGCCCACUCACCACCCAGCUUGGAAGUUUUUUAAGGCGGAAAAUGACCCAAAGCGAUUGAUCGCCUUUUAUAAUUAAAAAAAGAAGAAGAAAAAGCACUAUCCGGGCAUUAUAUCAAGAGAGAGCGUCAGCGAAAUCAAGCUAGUCAAGAUUUUAACCACGCGUCUUGAAUCAGCAGAUGUCGCCGUAAUAUAAAUACCGCAUUCAUUUUCAGGCUUAGUCUAAAAUAAGAUGUGGCCUGAAUCCAUGCUAGUUCAAUCUGAUAUUGCUUGCUGUAGAAUGGCCGGUGCCCAGUACACGGGAAUCCGAGACGCUGUCAUCGGUCAGGUCGAGAUCCACGAAGUGUGCAAGGCAAUUGUGGACACUGAAGAGUUCCAGAGGCUGAGAUUCAUCGCGCAAUGCGGAUUUGGCAAGUUCGUUUUCCCGACUGCAAAUCACACGAGAUUCGAGCACAGCCUAGGAGUCUGCCACAUGGCUAAAUUGAUCCUGGACUGCCUGGAAAAAAACCUCGAUGACGACGUCGUCGUGAUCACCAAGGAGGAUAAACUCUGCGUCCAAAUCGCCGCCCUCUGCCACGACUUGGGCCACGGCCCGUUUUCCCAUUUCUGGGAGCACUUUUUGAAAGAGAAAUUUGAUAAAACAUUCAUUCAUGAAGAAAUGUCUGAGAAAUUGUUAGACAGGAUUUACGAAAAUCACGAGAAAGUAAGAAAUGUUUUCAAAAAGCACAAUCUUGGAAGGGAGGAGCUGGAAAUUGCCAAAAGGAUGAUUAGAGGUGUUCUUCCUGAAGACAAGACCAAAAAUUAUUUAUAUGAGAUAGUGUCAAAUAAAAUUAGCGGAGUUGAUGUUGAUAAAUUGGAAUAUUUACAAAGGGACUCACACCAGUUUGGCAUGAAUUGUUUUGUGGCAAUUGAUUACCUAUUGAGCACUGCAAAAAUAAUCAAAUUGCCAGAUGGAACGACUACCAUAGCUUAUAGGGAGAAGACAACUUACAAUCUAUUAGGCAUGUUUUUGAACAGAGCUGAAAUGCACCACAGGUGCUACCAACAUCCAGUCACUUUGGCUAUCGAGCUUAUGUUUUCAGGCGCUUUAAAACAAGCUGCUGACAAUGAUUUUGGAAUCGAUUAUAAAGAAAAUGGCCAAGUCAAAAGAAGAAAAAUUGACGAAUGUCACAACCAUCUGAACGAGUAUAUAAAGUUGACUGAUGAUAUUUUUAUGAAUAUUUAUAACUCAUUGAGUGACUCCUUACAUGAAGCUAGACACAUUUUGAAAAGAAUAUUACACAGGAAUAUUUAUGUGCUAGUACUGAAGGAAAACAUAACUAAGGAAAUGAAUUUUACUGAUAUGAAUUAUAAUAAACUUAAGACUAUUGUAGAAAAUUCUUUAUUGAAGGAAUUGAACAACAAGUAUAACGGCCAAUAUGAAUUCCAUUGUAAAAUUGUUGUGAUCAAUAUGGGUGGAACGUCGGAUAAUCCUCUUAAGAACAUUCAUUUUUACAACAAGCAUAAUGAAAUUACUCACCAAGACAAUUAUCUCGAUGCAAGAUUUUAUUCUAAGGAUUCAAAUUUUGUAAGCAAGGUAUGCUUCAUCUUCUGUGAUUUUGGAGGGACACAAAAACCCAGUGAUGACACAAUUCAAGCAAUUAAAAAACAAUGCCGCGAAGAAUUUGACAAGACUUUCCAAAGGAAAUCACACGUAAAUUCUUUCAUUUCAUCAACCAAAUAAUAUAUAUUUUAUUAUAUAAUGAAUGCUGUAAAUAUAUAUAAUUGUAACUUAACCAAAUCUAGCAGAAUGCCAUGUUGUUUUAAUUAAAUUCUAUCGAUCGUUCAAUUUAUGACAAUUAUUUUAUAUUAAAAGAUGGAUAUACAUUUCAAUGCACCAAAGUAAAUCAAUGCAUCACAU